AGGGAAAUCAAACGAGUAUGAGUAUUCCACUUGGAAGCGAAAAGUUUACUGUUUGUUUAUGAAAUCUGGUCAUACAGUAGAUGUAUUCAGCGAGAAUUUCGCUAGGAAUUUAUAUCGUAUAUUUUUAUAUGUUUAUAAAACUGGGUUUUGUUCCUCGGCCCCUCUCGAAACCAAAAGAGUACUGGCCUUAUUUUCAAAUAUAUCGACAUGGUUUUUAAAGUGCUUAGUUCUGGCAUGAGGGAAUUGAGAAAUUCUAGCGCGGCCUAGAACCCAUGAAUAAUCACGUGACCGUCACGUUUUCUUACGACAUACUCAUUCGGCCCACUCAUAACUGGAAACCGAAUGAGAAAUUCUAAAGUAAGCACGAAAAUGAUGAAAGCUGGCAUCAGGUCAACUUUGAGACAAAACAUUGCUGUGGGAGUUAGGUCUAUCAAAAUCUCGGCAGCUGAAUCAGAGUUCAAACCUCCUUUUGUUCCACUUGUUGCCGAUGGAUUUUCAGAUGCAAUCGGAAAUACUCCUCUCAUAAGACUUCCCAAAAUUUCGAAGUCUGUCGGAAGGAACAUUUACGCCAAGGCAGAGUAUAUGAAUCCUGGAGGCUCAAUCAAAGAUCGUGCAGCUAAAUUUAUUCUUGAUGACGCCGAAGCGAAGAAUUUGAUCCAACCGGGUGGCACUGUCGUGGAAGGUACUGCCGGAAACACCGGAAUAGGGUUAGCUCAUGUCUGCCGGCUGCGUGGCUAUAAGUGUGUGAUUUAUAUGCCAAACACUCAAUCUCAGUCGAAGAUUGAGACCUUACGUCUUCUCGGGGCGGAAGUGCAUCCUGUUCCUGCCGUUGCAUUCGACAAUCCACAGAACUAUAAUCAUCAGGCUAAGAGACACGCUGAUCUGCUCGAAAAUGCUGUUUGGACCAAUCAGUUUGAUAAUAUCGCUAACAGACAAGCGCACAUUGAAUCCACGGGACCUGAAAUCUGGGCUCAAUUAAAUGGGAAAGUUGAUGCUUGGACUUGCUCAACUGGCACAGGGGGAACGUUCGCCGGAGUAACAAGAUACUUGAAGCACAUGGACUCCAAGGUAAAAUGUGUUUUAGCAGACCCUCCAGGCUCUGUGUUAUAUUCCUUCGUGAAGAGUGGGGGUAAGGAUAUUGUGAGAGGUGGUUCAUCAUUUACUGAAGGAAUUGGACAAGGACGCGUCACCAAAAAUUUGAAGCCAGAGAUUGAUCUUAUUGAUGAUGCGAUCAAAAUUUCAGAUGAGGAGUCCAUCAUUAUGGUUUAUCGUUUGUUGGACGAAGAGGGAAUCUACGUCGGUGGCACGAGUGCUUUAAAUGUUGUUGCAGCAUUGAAGAUUGCCGAGACCCUACCAGAAAAUGCUAAUAUUGUUACAAUCCUUUGCGAUUCAGCCCAUAAGUACAGUGCAAGAAUCUUCUCUAAAAAGUGGUUACAUGAGAAAAAUUUGUGGCAUGUUUUGCCAGAGCAUUUACAGAAGUACGCCACUCUAGAAUAGGAUAUAUGGGGCUCGAAAUCUAUGAUUACGUAUGCCAGUUUAAUUUUUUUUUUGGUAGAUUCAUCCGAUUAAAGGGGCAAAACUACAUAAAUAAUAUAUUUAAACAGCUCCCA